CUAGAUGACACCGUAGGUUAAUUAACAGUCGAGCUCUGCCGCUUCAUCAGUUGUAGCAAAGAGAAAUGGCAAAAUAUAAGCUGACCUACUUCGACCUGCCCGGGUUCGGAGAACCCAUCAGGUGGCUGCUCAGCAUCUUGGGAGACGAGUUCGAAGACAGGAGGUUGUCACGAGAAGAAUGGCCUUCGAUCAAACCAACAACACCGUUCGGCAAAGUGCCUACCUUGGAAUUUGAAGGGCAAGUUGUAGCCCAAUCGACUGCCAUAUGUCGUUACCUGGGAAGGAAGGCCAUGCUGGCUGGAGAUGACGAUUUGGAAGCACUUCAGAUCGACAUGGUAGUCGAUGUUAUCCAUGACAUCCGCCAAGCACUCUCCGGUGCUCGAUAUGAAACUAAUGAAGAAGUCAAAGUGAAGAAAUUAGAAGAAUUGAACAAGGAAACUUUACCAUUUUAUUUUGAAAAACUUGAUGAGAGGGUUGAGAAGAAUAAUGGAUACCUCGCUAACGGGAAGUUGUCUUGGGGAGAUGUGUUCUUCGUCGCUCUGAUGGGAAGAAUCAAGGAGGCAGUAGGAUAUGAUCUCACAGAAAAGCAUCAAAAUUUGAAACGCUUGAACGACACCGUCCUCUCGUUGCCUCAAAUUAAGAAAUGGAACGAGUCUCAUAACAAAUCUGUUUAACGAAAUUAUUCUCUAUUUACAAUAUAAAUUCUAUUUCAACUUGACUUUUUUGUUUUGUCUUUAGUCACCCAUAAUAAACAGUUUACAAACGGC